AUGUCGUACAGAAUAGAUUUUGAAGGAAGCUCUGAGAUAGGAGCAUACAUAUCACUUACCAACACAUACUGUGUGGUUGGAAGAAGUCAGUCAAACAAUGUACUCAAGUUUCUGCAGGAGACUGUUGCAAUCCCGAUUGUGGAAACAACGAUCAAUAGCAUUAGAAGUGUAGGGUCGCAAUGCAGGGGAAACAGACAUGGAUUACUUGUGCCACACACGAUAACAGACCAGGAGAUUAUGCACAUAAGAAACACAUUGCCGGAGAAUGUUGUAGUGAGGCGGAUUGAAGAGAGACUGAAUGCCCUUGGAAAUGUAGUUCUCUGCAACGACCAUGUUGCAAUCAUACAUGGAGAUCUGGAUGGAGAGUCGGAAGACAUUAUCAAAGAUGUUCUACAGGUUCCUGUCUACCGACACAAUAUAGGCCAAGAGCCACUUGUGGGAACCUUUGGUGCAUUGAACAACCAAGGAAUGCUUGUUCAUCCCCUCACGAGUCAAGAGUGCCAAAAGGAGCUUAGUGAGCUUCUCGAGGUGAAUGUGAUUGCAGGGACAGUCAAUGGAGGAAGCCCUUGCAUUGGGGGAGGGGUUGCCAUCAAUGAUUGGAUGUGUGUUGCAGGAGUGAAAACGACCAAUGUCGAGAUGACUGUGAUUGAAAGCGUGUUUGACCUCAGUGGAGACCAGGACUUGGAGGCUCGAAGAAGAGCCAUAGUGGAUACCAUAGUCAAAUGA